AGUCCGCAACAGUUUAUGCAUCAGAUAAGUGUCAGUAGACCUUUUCCAAUUAAUGACGGCUCACAUCGCUUGUAGCUCCUAAUUGACUUGGACAAUAAGCCUACGCAAUCCAUCAUACGGUUUCGGCUUGCAUUUGCCUACGCCUGUACUAUACAAUCCUUAUAGGAUUGACUCCUUUCUAUGACGCCAACAAAGUUUUCGGCCGUUUGUGCUGUAGCUCUGAGAAAUGUUUUUUAUUACGCGGAGACAAUUUCAGGCCCCCUAUCUCGACGAGACAACGUCAUUCUGGAGAGGGAGGGGAGUAGCGCAGACUUGGAACCUGACCACGUCGAGGAAGUGCGCAACGUCGGCAUUACCAAAGCGUCAUCAUGCAAGCGCCCUCACUUUGACGAGGCAUCCGGUAGCAGCCACAGCUCUGAGCCGAGAGGGCACGAGGUCAAUGCAGAAACGGUGGCGCAACAUCGCCCUUUGUAUGUGUACGGGUCAUUGCCUGGAGAGGAAUGGCCACUAGAUUUGUUGAAGUUGCUUGUGGAGCACGUGGCGUCCCUGCCUCCUGGCUGCCGCGUCCGUCCCCAUGAGGCAAUAGCGUUGUUGGGCUGGGCGGAGCUGCCGGACCCAGAUGGAGCGAUAGGCAGGCGAGUUAGGUACAAGCUGCACUCCAUCCGGAACCAGCUGGCUAAGGGUGUAGACCCGUUGGCAGGUCGGAUGCGACCUGGACGCAUGGCUAAGAAGACAUAUAACUGGCGGGUUUGGCUCCAAAAGGCGUUCCUACAGCUACCAAAUCAGGAGGGCACGCUGAAUGAUCUCGCCGCCGUGCUGGAAGCGGAUCCCGACAUCGCCCCUAAGCUGGACAAGAGGUCGGACUCAACGAAGGUGGCGGCUCCAAGGUGGAAGAGGAACGUGUCGCACACUGUUUCCAGUAUCCCCGGCGUCAUCAAUACCGGCCAGAAGCGGGGCCGCCUGGUGAUUUACCACUACGAUGAGGAGGCCGCCCGGCAGCUUGGCGAGCGCGGCAAGCCGGCCAAGGUGCCCAAGCACCGGGUACCGCACAUGGGAGUUCACGACAACUAAUCCACUGUGCCACUCGAAAGAAGCGCUUGGGGCAAGGACCAAGCAGCCUCUCCAGGUUUACCCCAUGGCGGCCGGAAGAAUGACUUCAAGUCUUGGUACCGGUAACAGAACCCAACCUCUCCAGAACGUUUCGACCCAGACCGUAAGAAUGCCAGCAGAAUCAGCAAUGGCGCCUGUCGGCUGCAACCACCUGGCGACUACACCGCUGUCGGGUGGUUGUGUAUAAACGGACGCAUCCGCCUCCCUGCUUCCCAGCCCGCUCCCCCCCCAAGGCGUCUUCUUUCUCACAUCGUCUCGGUUUCUGCUCCGUUGCCGGCACACGCCCUGCGGACCCGUGAAGCCCGCGCAUGAGCGGAGGAGUGAAACACCGGGGGACAGUGGUUGCGAGCGGGAGAAGCAUGGCUUGCGGAUGGCUGGGGUAGGGGGCGAGGCCUCGCAAGGGGGCAUCUCCAGCCGGGAGCGAGCGGGCCUCAUUAGCGGUAUACGCUAAGCGUCUAGGCUGGCGGGGAGUUUGCACUAGGUUAAGGGCUCCUGUCACAGGGUUUUCCACCAUUCUCUUUAUUUGACACCUGGUAGGUAGGACGCGGCAUGCGUACUGUCAUCUCGUCACCUUACGUUGCGUGAAGUAGAUUGGUCUUGCUGCGUACGGGACUGAGCGGUUGACCUCCAGUUGUACCGGUAUGCUGGGCGCCAGGACGGGUGCGGUGUUGAAGCUGGGGAACAAAUAUACGAGGGACGAGGUACGGCGCGGGUGUACGGCAGGGCUGGCACCAGCUCCUUGAGCGCACGUGAAGGAACGGCAGGCGGUGCAAGAUGGUGGGCCUGGAGCUCCUCUUCGCUGAGCCAGCCUCGUGUGCUCCUGCAGCGUCAUGUGAGCUACACGACACAUGGACAUGCUAUGGCCUCUAACGGCGCAUGCUAAGAGAGCUAACAGUUCUGCAUGGUUAUGCGGUACGUGCAAUAACGGUUUUAAGUGUCCUGCGUGAGGUUUCUCGUUCCAUAUAACAGCGAGGAUGGACCCAUGGGUCACUAACCUAAUGCAGUCGAUAUGCUUAACAGUUUUCAUAUGUGUAGUUGAGUAGAACAAGAGCAAGCAGUUGGGAUAGGUUCGCAUGUGAACCGCGAGUACAGGCAAAAACAGAGGGAAAAUAGAGGUGAACAAACCUGAAAAGUAACUCAAAAACUGAUUAAAUUGCUGGUGCUGGAUGUAAGAACAGUGGCG